CAGCCCGGGGCGGCGCAGACAAGGGCUCUCCGUGGUCCCUCCCGAGCUUCCGGGCUCUGCGACCUGGAGUGGCGGCGUCAUGGGCCGAAUCACAGAAGACCUCAUCAGACGGAAUGCCGAACACAAUGACUGUAUAAUUUUUUCCCUGGAGGAACUCUCCUUGCAUCAGCAAGAAAUAGAAAAACUAGAACAUAUUGACAAGUGGUGUCGGAAUUUAAAAAUACUCUAUCUUCAAAAUAAUCUCAUUGGAAAAAUUGAAAAUGUCAGCAAACUCAAGAAGCUUGAAUAUCUGAACUUAGCUUUAAAUAAUAUUGAAAAAAUUGAAAACUUGGAAGGAUGUGAAGCUCUGGCAAAACUUGACUUGACAGUGAAUUUCAUUGGAGAGCUGAGCAGCGUUAACGCCCUCCGGCACAACAUCCAUCUCAAGGAGCUCUUUCUCACAGGCAACCCGUGUGCAUACUUUGUCGGCUACAGGCCCUUUGUGGUGGCGACUCUUCAACAGCUGAAGUGGCUGGACGGGAAAGAAAUAGAACGUUCAGAGAGGAUUCAGGCGCUGCAGAACUUUUCGGAAAUUGAACCACAAAUCAGAGAGCAAGAAAAAUCUUACUGCCUAAAACGAGCCCAAGAGAAAGAAGAAGCUCAGAGGAAAAUGCAAGAAGGCCGUGAAAGUGAAGGGAAGAGCUCAAGUCCCCUGGGCUGUGAGGCCCCAGGGCACAUGCGGCUCAGCGCUGCUCUCCAACGCUCUGAAGAGAGCAAAGGCCUCCAGGCACCAGCAGUGCAGGAAGGGAAAUGCAGCGAGAAGUCAGCUGGCAAUGAUGAGGACCUGGAAUUCUGGAAUAAGCCCUCUUUGUUCACCCCUGAAUCUAGACUGGAAACUCUCAGACAUAUGGAAAAGCAACGCAGAGACCAAGAAAAACUAAGUGAAAACAAGAAGAAAGUGAAACCGCCAAGAACUUUGAUCACUGCAGAUGGGAGAGCCCUGAAUGUGAAUGAGCCCAAACUUGACUUCUCUUUGAAAGAUGAUGAAAAAGGUGGCCAGAUCAUCCUGGACCUUGCCGUUUACAGGUAUAUGGACACUUCUUUAAUCAAUGUGGACGUACAGCCUACUUACGUGCGAGUCAUGGUCAAAGGGAAGCCAUUCCAGCUCCUCCUUCCCGCCGAAGUCAAACCCGAUAGCAGUUCUGCUCAAAGGUCUCAGACCACGGGGCAUUUGGUCAUCUGUAUGCCCAAGGUAGGAGAGUUCAUCACAAGUAACCAGCAAAUACCCAGACAUGUGAACAUCACCUCCACCAGUGGCACAGAGCAAACAGACAAAAGAAAGAAGACAAUUGAGAAGUUAGAAGUAGAUCCUAGCAAGCAUUCCUUCCCCGAUGUGGCUAACAUUGUUCAAGAGAAGAAAAACACGCCCAGAAGAGUUGGAUCUAAGUCCAAAAUUACACCAAGUCCAGACUUUGAAGACAACCCUGAAGUGCCUCCACUGAUCUGAGACACCAGCAGUGCUGCCCAGUGCAGAGAUGUACACAGAUCACUCUUGGGGGGGUAAACACAGAGUCAGCUCUCAUUAUCACUUCAGUGUUUAGCUCCUGUUUUGUACAGUAAUGUUCUCAAGCUAGUUUAAAAUUAAAAUGUGUACCUGAAAUAAGCUGUAGCUCAUCGUUGAUGUAUAACAGAGUGUUGGCUAGUGAAAAAAGCUCAGUAAAUCACAGACCUCUUACAUAA